GCGACCUGCGUCAUACCAGAGCGCAACCCCAGAUUGCUUGUUUCUUGGUUGGCGAGGCUUCGCUUUCUUGUUUUCCAUCCUCUCAAUGCUUUCCACGACGCUCCUUGUCACACUUCUUAAAAUGCCAAACUGUUCAUCAACAAUAUCCUCGUCAUCGUUGCUCUUGCCGACAUCUUGACACUUUCUUCCACACUCAUUUCCUGCAUUCUUUCCCCCAGCCAAUCGACAUGCCACUGCGUCUGCGAUCUCCUCAAUAAUCAUGCGUUUGUUCUCUUCUUCCUUGUUGAUCUCCCUCUAACCGUGCUUAGAUCGAGUCCGAGCGUGGGCUCACUCCUCAGCCCACAAGAACCACUUCAAUCCUUGGGCUCAGGAUCUUGAAAGUUCUCCCGGGACCCCUGGACACGCGUCAGAAGAGGCCAGUCAGUCCUCCCAGGCAAACUCCAACAUCUCAUUGCUCAGUCGAAUCUUGAAAAAUUCCAAGACUGCUCUCUUCCACAGCUGGGUAAACCUCUUGCUGGUCUUUGUUCCCGCCGGAAUUAUCGUUCAUUUCGCUGAAGUGAACUCCAAUAUCGUCUUUGCCCUGAACGCAGUCGCCAUUAUCCCCCUCGCCGGGCUCCUCACCUUCGCCACCGAAUCAGUUGCCCACCGAUUGGGGCCGACCCUGGGGGCCUUGCUCAAUGUUAGCUUUGGGAAUGCUGUUGAACUUAUUAUCUUCAUUAUUGCUCUCGUCAAAAAUGAGAUACGUAUCGUCCAAGCCUCCUUGAUAGGCUCUCUGCUGGCCAACCUACUUUUGAUCCUCGGCAUGGCUUUCUUGAUUGGCGGCCUAGAGUUCCAAGAGCAGAUUUAUGACUCAACCGUAACUCAGAUGUCUGCUUGUCUUCUUGCCCUCUCGGUUCUUAGUCUGCUCAUCCCGACCGUAUUCCACGCCUCUUUCAGCGAUCUGGCUCUCGCGGAUGCACAAGUCCUGAAGCUCAGUCGAGGCACUUCCGUCAUUCUUUUGCUGAUUUAUGUUCUAUACUUACUCUUUCAGCUCAAAUCUCACGCCUAUCUUUAUGUUGGCACGCCUCAGCAUCGCAUUGACGAGACCACUGUUCCAGGUUUUCUGGCUCGCUUCGACUCGACCAGUUCGUCCUCUGCCGCGUCAUCUCAUGCUUCGACUAGCGGAUCUGCGACUAAUUCAGGCUCGAAUCGUCGCGUUCGAAAGAGACUCAAGUCCAAGUUAGGCAGGAAACGACAUGUCAAGACAGAAGUUGUCCCUGGCCCUGCCACUGGGAAGAUCGCCACCCCAAACAACCCUGACUCUGGGGACAUCAUUACUGAGAAACCCUCAGACGCCCCUGAUGAGCAUCCACGUCCUCAACAUACAUCAAAAGACCCUUCAGCGGCGCAAUCUAACUCAGACACCCAACAGAAACCAUUGACUCAACGAGGAAUAUCUUUCCGUCCUCCACCAGUCUUUAGGAGCGCGACCACUCCAUCAGAUGGCCUCCGAGACCGGGCAUCUCCCCUUCUACAAUCUCGAUCUGACCCAGAGAACCGGAAUCCAGCGAGAUCUACUCCAGCUCACCACAUUCGUCGUCAGGAUUCUCCCAAAGGCCCAGUCAAAGUGGAGAGUGAGCCCCCAAUGAGCCAAACGGCAUCGAUCAUGCUUUUGUUAAUAUCGACCGGUUUGGUCGCACUCUGUGCCGAAUUCCUGGUCGGUAGCAUACAACACUUGGUAGAGAACUCGCCUCUUUCCGAAGCUUUUGUUGGUUUAAUCAUUCUGCCAAUCGUCGGAAAUGCGGCCGAGCACGUUACCGCAAUCACGGUCGCCGCUAAAAAUAAACUUGAUCUAGCCCUAGGAGUGGCCCUGGGCAGUUCGAUUCAAAUCGCGUUGUUUGUCACCCCUUUUGUCGUCAUCCUGGGUUGGAUUCUCAACAAAGACAUGUCGCUGUAUUUCAGUCUCUUUGAGACGGGCGCUCUAUUCGUUUCAACUUUCAUCGUUAAUUUUCUCGUGCUGGAUGGACGAAGCAAUUAUCUCGAAGGAGCACUGCUUUGUGCAUGCUACAUUGUCAUCGCCGUCGGCGCCUACUUUUUCCCGGAUGGCCAAGAUCAGAGCUCGUUGACUAGUGGUCCGAGCACCUAGACAGCACGAAAUAUGAAUAUUCAUGAUGAUUGAUUUUCCAAAGGAUCAGAGGCACUGCCACUCAUGGUCGAUGAUUUCAACUGCGCGCCGUGCUAUCGACUUUCACACUUCCUCGUACCUGAAUCCCAGCCACGCGGUUUUCAGGAACCAGUAUGCAGUAAAGAUCUAGCAUGGAAAAGCCACCACGAAGGUUCUCUGCCGUCUUCUGGUCGGCCCCACCAUAGUCAGUCACACGCUUGGUCCUUGGCAGCUAGUUCGCGAGACAUUGGUUGCUUUCAGCUGGUCCAGAGAAGGACUAC